GAGUGGGAGGCGUCUCUGAGGUGGAAUAUGUAAAAAGUCUAAACAACAAGUCCUCAAAGCUCGAGGACAGACGGGAGCUAGUAUAAAUGUGCUGCUGUUCGCGCGGGGGUAAUAGGGGCCAAAAAACACCCUCCCCCUCUUUGGAUGUAAGCGCGCCACUGGCCAUGGCCACUCUGGAGGGCUGUCAUUGUCAGGGCGCCGGGGGGCAAAACAAUAACAACAGCAUCCUGUACAACAUACUGAAGAACGACAGCCUCACGACCACCGAGGAACCAACAUCACAACCACAACACAGACAGCAGCACCAAGUGCUCAAGGUCUCCUCCUGCUCCUCUUCUUCGAGGUUCGAGCUUAGGCAGCAACAGGCUUGCUCUUGCGCUUCCUCGCUGCGACGGGGGUCUCUCCGGUCCCCCCAGGUGACCUGCAAAGCCGCAUCGGCGGUCCUCAUGAAGACUCUGCGAUUUGUAAAGAACGUGCCGUGUUUCCGCGAGCUUCCCGAGGAUGACCAGCUGCUGCUCGUUCGGAACGGCUGGGUGCCGCUGCUUGUGCUGGGCCUCGCGCAGGACCGGGUGGACUUCGAGACCACGGAGACCGCGGAACCUAGCAUGUUGCAGCGGAUCCUGACCAGCGGCUGUGUCAGCCAAGGCAGCUUACUGGACAGACAGGUUGAGCCCGAGCAGAGCGCGGGAACACCCGGGGUCUCUCUCGCGGAUAUACAGGGCAUCAAAGCGUUCCUGAAAAAGUGUUGGGGUUUAGACAUCAGUACCAAGGAAUAUGCCUACCUCAAAGGAGCCGUGCUCUUCAACUCAGAUCUCCCUGGUCUGUGCUACCUCAACUACAUCCAGUCACUGCGGAGCGAGGCUCACCAGGCUCUUAACGAGUAUGUGAAGCUGAUCCACCGGGACGACGCCACGCGCUUUGCCAAGCUGCUCAUCGCCCUGGCCAUGCUGAGGGCCAUCAGCCCCCUGGUGGUGGCACAGCUCUUCUUCAAGCCCAUCAUUGGAGCCGUCAAUAUGGAGGACGUCCUGCUGGAGAUGUUCUAUGGGAAGUAGGCUUUCUACGGUCCUGUCCAGAAACAACCCCUAGAUAUAGCCCCCAAGUCCUUCUCUUAGUCCUUACUCCCUAGGCAAUUUCACCUAUUCCCUACCCACUAGAAACGUGACCUUGCCCUAGACUCUCCACCCACAUUUCCCCACUUCCGCUAGCCCCUAGCUCCUAUUGGAUAGUAAUAAGCAAAAAAAACAUGCCCAAUACAGGAACAAUAUGAUAUCUUCACCUUGCCCUCCAGUUGGCUAUAAAGGAACAAUAUGAUAGCUCCAUCUUGCCCUCCGGUUGGCUAUAAAGGAACAAUAUGAUAGCUCCAUCUUGCCCUCCGGUUGGCUAUAAAGGAACAAUAUGAUAGCUCCAUCUUGCCCUCCAGUUGGCUAUACAGGAACAAGAUGAUAGCUCCAUCUUGUCCUCCGGUUGGCUAUACAGGGACAAGAUGAUAGCUCCAUCUUGCCCUCCGGUUGGCUAUACAGGAACAAUAUGAUAGCUCCAUCUUGCCCUCCGGUUGGCUAUACAGGAACAAGAUGAUAGCUCCAUCUUACCCUCUGGUUGGCUGUACAGGAACAAUAUAUGAUAGCUCCAUCUUGCCCUCCGGUUGGCUAUAGAGGAACAAGAUGAUAGCUCCAUCUUGUCCUCCGGUUGGCUAUACAGGAACAAUAUGAUAGCUCCAUCUUGCCCUCUGGUUGGCUGUACAGGAACAAUAUGAUAGCUCCAUCUUGCCCUCCGGUUGGCUGUACAGGAACAAUAUGAUAGCUCCAUCUUGCCCUCCGGUUGGCUGUACAGGAACAAUAUGAUAGCUCCAUCUUACCCUCUGGUUGGCUGUACAGGAACAAUAUGAUAGCUCCAUCUUACCCUCUGGUUGGCUGUACAGGAACAAUAUGAUAGCUCCAUCUUGCCCUCCGGUUGGCUGUACAGGAACAAUAUGAUAGCUCCAUCUUGCCCUCCGGUUGGCUGUACAGGAACAAUAUGAUAGCUCCAUCUUACCCUCUGGUUGGCUGUACAGGAACAAUAUGAUAGCUCCAUCUUGCCCUCCGGUUGGCUGUACAGGAACAAUAUGAUAGCUCCAUCUUGCCCUCUGGUUGGCUGUACAGGAACAAUAUGAUAGCUCCAUCUUGCCCUCCGGUUGGCUAUAAAUGUUUUUUUUUGCUAUAUUACAUCUAUCAAAUCCUCUCAGAUCAAUAUCUGUGGGGUUUAUUCUGGACUGGCCCUUUCCAUCGAACGGACAGAAGAACACAUCUGUAGUUCUAGUAGAACUAACUAACUGUUAACCAACCGUUUGAUCUGAAUGGACAAUUGAACAGA